UGCAAGCUGGUGCUCGUGGGCGACGUGCAGUGCGGCAAGACGGCCAUGCUGCAGGUGCUGGCCAAGGACUGCUACCCCGAGACGUACGUGCCCACCGUAUUUGAGAAUUACACGGCGUGUCUGGCCAGCGAGGAGCAGCGCGUGGAGCUGAGCCUCUGGGACACCUCCGGCUCUCCCUACUAUGACAAUGUGCGGCCCUUGUGCUACAGCGACUCGGAUGCGGUGCUGCUUUGCUUCGACAUCAGCCGCCCCGAGACCCUGGACAGCGCCUCCAAGAAGUGGAAGACAGAGAUCCUGGACUACUGCCCCAACACGCGAGUGCUGCUUGUCGGCUGCAAGACGGACCUGCGCACGGACCUGAGCACCCUCAUGGAGCUCUCACACCAGAAGCAGGCGCCCAUCUCCUAUGAGCAGGGCUGCGCAGCGGCCAAGCAGCUGGGAGCCGAGAGCUACCUGGAGUGCUCGGCCUUCACGUCGGAGAAGAGCGUUCACAGCAUCUUCCGCAGCGCGUCCGGCCUCUGCCUGGGCCGCAGUGGCCCCCCGGCCCCCAAGAGCCCCGCGCGCGGCCUCGCCAAGCGCCGCCUGCACCUGCCCAGCCGCUCUGAGCUCAUCUCCUCCGCCUUCAAGAAGGAGAAGGCCAAAAGUUGCUCUGUCAUGUGAAGAGGU